AAAAGUAAAAAGUUAAAAAAGAGAAUGUGAGGACAAUUUGAUAGAGGUGCUAUAAGCAUCCCAAAGGACAUUCCUCAGAGUAAUGUAUAGUAUCCAUGUUCAGAGUUAGUGGAUGGCUGCUCCACUAGAAGUCACAGCCUCGCGUUAAAAGACUCUCACUCAAGAAAACUGUCAGGACUAACUUCUUUGGAGGAAGAGUAAGAGUUUAUUUACGACUAGAUUACACCACCACUGGCAUAAUUUCAGGCACAAUCAAGAUCCCGUACAUGCCCAGUACUUGUUAAUAUUGUUUAACAGAGUAGAUACCGACCACCCGACGGGGCAGGUAAUUUGACAAGUAUGUCGAAGAAAUAAGAGACAGUGUGACAACGUGUAGAGGUGAACACUGUAUAUACGACAGGUAAACUCAAGGUGAAGUACAGGUAUGUAAUAACGAAUAUAUGUGAGAAACUACACCUAACUAAAAUAUUAAUUAAAAAAAAAAGAGAAAAAUAAGAGAGGAGACGAAGAAGGUAUUGAGGUUCCACGACAUUUUUUUUAUGAUUUAGAUAAACAUAUAAGUUAUUGCUGAUCGUUUCUAGUAUAAUACACCACCAAUAGUUGUCCCAAAACGAGAAAAUUCAAUACAAAUUUUCCUCUCUACCGCGAGCUAUUUACAAUGUACCGUAGAUAGUCAGCUGAGUGUAUUGAUAUUUUCCUGGUGAUGGCGGAUUAUUGGUGUUGUACUGUAUAGUGUAUCUGACAACUCGUGUGCCUUGGCCAGGAACUGUGACUAACCGAAUUUACUAAGUAUGAGUGAGUGUUGAUUCAGUAACUGUGAUCACACGCCUGGUUAACAACAAUGGUUUGUGUCGGAGUGACCAGCCUGAGUUGCAACACAUUGAUAAAUUGUUUACUAUAAUCACCUCAUUACUGUUCUAUGUCUUACACUCUCUAACAACCUGACCACUAGACGACACCUGGUUGUUUAACUAAGUUGCUUGUGUUAUUUACUCCUCAAAAUUAACACAAAAUAAUAAAUAACAUAAUUAAUACUGCAACAUGAAAAGGAGAGAGAGAUACGCCAUUAUCAUUUCUCCUGAUAACCAAGUGACUUUAUUACAGUGUUUGUUCUGGAGUAAGAACGUGUUAGUUGGCGUUCCUCUACUUUUGUCCAAGUAUUACAACCUGUCUGUACUGUAGCCUGAUUCCCCCUCAAAGUCAGGCGAAUUCUCUAACCUAUUAAUGAUGUCUCGUACGGACAAUCAGGAUGACAAUGAUCUGCUGGAAUGUAAGGUUUGCUUCAACAAAUUUACUGAUAACCUCCGACCACGUUCUCUUUCCUGUGGCCACACCUUCUGUACGAGCUGUAUUAAUCAGGCCCUCAAGAAUGAGAGCCCUUGCUGCCCAAAAUGUAGAUUCAAACUCACAGCCACCUCUGCAACAGAAUUUCCUAUUAAUUACAUGGCCGAGGCUUUCCUAAAAUCUCUAAGAGAAGUUAGUACCUCGACGACAACAACGACAACAAGAACAGAAGACAGUGUUAGUACAAAAGGUAUCGGCGGAAAACUUGAGUCACUGAGAGGUGAACAAGUGACUAUUGUCCGUACAUUGUCUAAGCUGUGUUACCAAAGUAGAUCUCAGCUGGACGAGUAUGAGAAACACAUCAUCAAAUGGAAGGACGACCUAAAUAAAAUUACUCAGUUUGAAAUUAUAAUGAAUACCGCACUAGAAAACUUGGAGGAGGAACACCAAAGGUUGAGAGAGAUGAGAAAAGAAGGGAGAGGAGAUGAGAGACAGCUGGAGGCCGCUUUAGGAAUCCUCACAAGGGCCAACAGUGCUCAAGAGGUUGGUUUUGCCAUUGAUGAGGCAGAGAUCUGUGGUGCUGCAGCACAGGACUGGAACAACAAGUGCCAGGAACGCUUUCCUAACGUCAGCACCGUCCGCAAUACCCUGAUGGUAAAGGAGACAUUCAAGGGGUUCCUGGAGAUAAUGAAGAGUAAGGCUAGGUGUGCUACCCCCGGCCCUUUGGCUGACUCUGCCUCCACCAUCAAGGAGAAAGUUGACUUUAUUACAAGAAACACUCAACACAUCAACAUCACACCGUGGGCAUUCAGACACCUGCAAAACACUCUAUUGACUGUUGACACUCUACGCACCAGGACAGAACACUUAAAGAAGUUACUGUUGGACGGCCAGGUGGCGGCUGUGCAUGAAAGUGGAGGUAUCCGUUCGGCUAAGAUUUCCCUGAUGGAGGAAAAGAUGUUUCUCCAUUACCUACAGGAUAAACCUCUGUCUCCUGAUGUCCACAUUAUUGAGAGACUGUCCACACUGCGGGAAUCCCUGUGCUCUCAGACCGGAAAGAAAUUUGUUCAUCACUUCCUCAACGCCGUGGCCCGACGUUCCCGCCAUCAUAAUAAAUCACUCCGCUGCCCGGGCUGCAUAAGCGCCGAAGUGGCCGCAUGAUCUCACACCCAGAAAGAGCCUAAAAUUAAACCAUAUCAUAGUAGGUUCCUUCUGUUAAGUAAAUGUUAGGAAGGUUUGUUUGACUAGGUUGGUUAGGUCUGUUUUUUUCAUACCCACAAAGGUUAAGUUACGUUUAUUUUAGAAAUAACUAUUUUUUAACACACUUGCACAAACUACAACAGUGUCCACUGUAAAAAAAACAAUGAAAAUCUGGUGUUUUCAAAAUCGUUUCUAUCAAUUUCGGCCGCGGGUUGGUCAUAAAUAAUUACCUACUUUACAUUAAAAAACAUUUGCCAGUCUUGCAACCAUUUGGAUCAGCUCUUACAGAUCUUGCAACACCUUCUUGACUUGUCACCUUCCCAAAUAUCUUCUUGUCGACUGCAGACUUGAUUAUAUGGCUCGAUCUAUUUUCCCCAAUAUUGUUAAUGUAGAUCACAUAAAGGGUGGGUGCGAAAAUAAAUCCUUGUAGUAUUCCAUUGUGAACAAUGUUCCAUUCUGAAUGUACUCCGUUCAUGACCACUCUUUGUUGCCGUCUUCAAGCCAGUUGUUAAUCCACUUCAAUAUUUUGCCUGCGGUGUCAAGUGCCUGAAUCUUAGACAUUAAUCGUACACGUGAAACUUUAUCAAGUACCUUCGAAAAAUUCAUGUACACACUCCAAAAAGUAUCUUUAAGGAGGGGUCCAAUUAAUUUCAAAAUGAACACUGCG